CUGCUCUGACAGGUUCUCAGAGACACACGGAGCUGCUUGGGUGUGUGACUGUGAGUCUGUGGAUCUUUUAAGGUUCUCCGGGCCUUUCUUUUCGUCUUCCUUAAAAAUGAAUGGAGGAGUGGACCAGAAUUUUGGAAAAAACUAACCAAGGGGAGAACUGUCAGGAACCAGCAGGCAUCUGCAGAAUAAACACUGCUGAGACCCUAUAAGUGGUUUUUAGACAUGGCAGCAGAGAACUUCGAUGAUGUGCUGAACAAGCUUCGAGACUUACAUGACAAAGAGAUAAGAGCCUGGCAAGAAAAAGUGACAGAGCUCAAUAAGGAAAAAUGCUGUGAUGCACAAAGAAUGGAUGAAUUGUUCACCAAGAACCAGCAGUUACGAGAGCAGCAGAAGAUACUCAAUGAAAACGUGAAGCUCUUGGAAAAUAGGUUACGAGCAGGUCUGUGCGACAGAUGUACAGUCACUCAGGAUGUUGCCAAAAAGAAGCAGCAUGAAUAUGAAACAUCUCAAAUGCAGAGUCUGCAGCACAUCUCCAUUUUAGUGAAUGAGAUGACCAUGCUGAAGAAGGAAAACAAGAGGCUCCUGGAAGAGGUCAAGAACCUGCAAAGUAUGCUGAACGAACAGAACGGCAAAUGUUCCACCGCGUCCACCCCAGACGCAAACCUGUCACCAGAAUCUGCGGCCGUGCUGCCUCCGCUCACCUCUGUGAAGCAGACAACAGAGGGCGCUCUUCCGGGACAGCCCAUCUCCAGGAACCCCGAGCAAAGUCGACAAUCGGCUGGUGACGAUGGUGCCCAUCCUCUCAGAAAGCUGCUUAACUGGAAUGGACAAGACACUCAUAGGAUGUCCAAUACACUGCACAGCACCAUAGCUGUGGUGUCUCCGGGUUCGAGAGAGGAGAGGAGUAGUUCCCAGGGCAGUCCAGGGAUCGAGAAGAGGGCGAAGAGAGUGGAAGUGCGGGGGAAGUCGCGCUCGCCCCCGGCGGCGACCAGGAGGGCCGCUCCGGGCGCGAAGCCGCUCCACCAGGUUCACGCGCCCGUGCCGUUCCGGCCACACGUCGUGGACAAGGGCCAGCACCUGGCUUACAGCUGGCCCGCGGGGGGCCCGCCGGACUGGUUCCGCGCUCGGGAGGCGCUGGACAGCGGCGUACCGGUGAUCGACCUCUUCGGCAACCUGGUGUACAUGAAGGACUACCACCUGGACCCCAGCCCCCGGAGCCUGCUGGGGAAGAAGCCCGAGCCGGAGUUCUGCUGGUACGACGGGAAGGCGGCUCUGUACCGUGCCUCGGCCAGCUCUCUGAACAAACUCCCGCCGGCGGAGAGCAGCCCGAGGGAGGGGGGGAAAGCCAGGGCCAGCCUCGAUCAGAAACUGGGAAAGCUGGUCAGCCCUUGCCAAAAAACCCUGGACAAGCCGCUGGACCUGUCGGAGCGCGGGAAGUUCCGGCAGCUCAGCGAGCCGGCCGAGGAGCCGCCGGAGGAGGUCGACUCCCAGGCGGAGAGCGACGGCCCCUCUGGCGGGAGCCCGAAGGACGCACAGCCCUCUGCGGCAGAUCCUCCGCUGCCCACCCACGGCUCCUCCAGCUCAGAUCAAGCUCAGUCCCCUGCGGCAGACCACUGCCCCCCACAGGAAGAGCAGGGAAAAACAGCUGAGCAAUCAGAUGAAGCUGAAGAAAAAGAAAAAGAAAAGGAGGAGACAAGUCCCAUAAUAUCCAUUAAAUUUUCACCAAAUGAACAGAAAAGCUUAGGACUUUCACUUUGUCCAGUGGUUGUCCUGGAGGCCCUGAAAACAGAAUCAGAGGACCACGAUUCUUCAGACAGUGAGAUGACGAUCACGUACGAUUCUGAAAGCAACCAGGAAAUGCUCUCUGAAGACACUAGCUCUCCCAAGAGAAAAGAGAACAUGAGGAAGAGGAAAAGAGGCCCAGCUGAGCUUAAGGAAGUUUUGCACAGCCGGUUUCCAAGAAAGGUGAAAAUGAGUGCCUCCCUGAUGCAGAGCAGAUCUCCCAGUGACAAUGAACAAGGCUAAACACCGGAGAGCCACAGUCCCAAAAGGUAAACAUCUUCUGUGCUUCAGUUUUGAAACAACACAAUAUUUUGAAGAUUACCCUGGGAUUUAUUUUCUUUAAUAAGUCAUGAUGCCAGAGAUCUCAUCUGGGACAUUUCCUUCUCCGUCUUCUUUGAACUCUGUAUCAGGAGUUGCUAAGGUUCGAACAGUGAAGGUGCAUGCAGUUCAGAGUUUGAGAUGGAAUUAACAAUUGAAUGCUGGAUAUAGUACUAUUUUGCUGUUAUAUUCUAGAUACUUAAGUUGUACGAUACUACUGUACAUUUGAAAACUUUGCAAGAAGCACUUUAGGACUUUCUCCAUUCAAGAAAUGUGCUACUAUUUGCAUCUGCAUGACAAUCAUCUUGGCAGAAUAAUGUGCUCUGAAGCAGCAAGAGACAACGGGAGCUGUAAAGAUCGUUGCUUUCAGCAGAGCAUCCUUGGAUGUAGUGCCAGGGUGAAGUUUGGAUGUAUACUGUACAAUAAUUGGUUCACAUCUUUUUGGAUUUGUAACACAAAGGCAUUGAGCUAUCAUUACUUUCCUCUGGCUCUGCUGAAAAAGGUUACAUCCUUGCUUCGCACAGACUAGGGAAUAGCUAAAGACGCCAGACUGAGCCCAGCUUGAAACUGAAGUCAGAAGUGAAAACAUUUGGUAUUUUCCAGUUUCUUUCAUUUUUGCUGAAAUCCGAUUGGUGCAGGGAGAUGGGGAAUCACCCCAGAACCAGACCUGUGGCCAUCACACUGUAAAUUCUACAUUUUUUUGUCAUCAGAAGGCAGGCUGGGUAUUUUUAAAAACUUAAUUUAUGCUUUGUUCAAAUGUAGGUGUGUUGAAUAUGUUUGUAAUGUCAUGCCGUCUGCAAGUCCAAUGAUAAGCAUGUCCAGUUGAUGCAUUCAUGGAGCCUUGGUACCUCGCAAUUAGUCUAUAUUUGCUUAACUCCAAAUACUUUACACUGUACAGUACAGGCACUCUGAAUCAUGCACCCUAACAUGCUUAUGGAUGUGGUGUUGACAUCUAGGUAUUAAACUUACAUGUUCGAGUAGGGAACUGCGUCACUGUGCAUUCACUGCAGGGACAUUAAGGAACACGUUAAGGUUAAUUCCACAUUGAACAUAGAAGAAGCACAUGUCACCUUCUCACCUUCUCACCUGAUGAAAGCUCUACAGUCGAAAUUGGCAUUUCUUCUUCCUAUUUUUCAGCAGGAAAUUAACCUUUUUGUGUUCCUCAAAACUUACAGAAUAACCACAAAAGACCUUUGAGGGCUUGAAUAACAUUGUAGUGUUAGGAUAUCUGCCUUUUCAAGUGUUAUCAGGUAGUACAGUAUGGCCUAAAAGUACGACGAGUACAAAUUCAUUUUAAAACCGAGUGGUCCAGACAGCUACAACCAGACUUCCUAAAAUCACUGACAGAAAGGGAUCAGACUCCAUGAUACAGGCAAUGUCUCUUCUUCUGGCACUAAAAGUUGAUUUGCUUUGCUACAUGGGCACAAGCAUUCUUGUGUGUCCAGAAAUAAUGUCUGUGUUUUUUCUUAAUGUGUGCACACUGCAGUAUAUUAAUAUAUGUUUUUUUUCUACCCUAA